CUCGGGCAUAGGGACUGAGUUAGUUUCCUUCGAAAAUCUGUUCCAUUAUCGCAGGCAUCAGACUUAGACCAGACAUCUGAACUAAGAAAUCGAAUGCCCACUCGAGGAUCGCACCAGUAUCACAAGCAAUGUCAACCCCCAUCGCAAUCCGCCUCCCCUCCAAAUACCAACUCGCUCAAGUAUCUGCCUCCAACCCCCCACCCCUCCCUUUCCUCCACCGCACCUGGACCGUAACCCACUCAACCUUGCAUAUGUGGCGCUCUGCCCGCAACGUGCGCAUCACCUACGGCCUUCUCCCUCCGUCCUCCUCGUUCAACAACCCUCCCAGGGAAAGACUGUCGGACUUGGUGGAGUACGAAACGCUCUCCGGCUUAGGCAGUUAUAAGCGCAUAUCCGGGGUCGACACGGCUUCCUCUGGCGGCGACACCUGCGUCUGGGACUGGCGGGGCAGCGGGUUGCUCUUCUUUGUGGGGAGUCACUGGGAGGUGCUGGGGUGGGGGGAAAGGGAGGUUCCUGGUAGGGAAGGGGAAGUGGAGAGGUGGGUUGUUACGUGGUUCGCGCCGACGCUGUUUACGGCCGAGGGAUUGGAUGUGUAUUCGGAUCGGAAGGAAGGCGGGAGUGAGGGGUUGGUUGCGGAGGUGUUGGCUGAGCUUGGGAGGGUAACGAAGGGGAAGGGAAAAUUGGGGGAGCUGGUUGAGAAGGAGAUGAGGACGGUUGCUAUACAGUUGCCUUGGAAAGAGACGUAGGGUUAUCUUUAUUGGGUUUGCCGAUAUGAAGAAUCAGCGCUGCUUGCUAUCUGGUUCGUUUCUAUCUUUCUCAUGGUCCGAAUGAUAAGGGCGGCGGUUCCUCU